AGUAAACAGUGGGCAUGGAGUUAGGCAUUAUUUUUCAAUUUAACACAUUUUAAAAUGUCAGAUGACCAAUUGAAAGCAUGCUGCCAAACAUGCCAUGCUUCCUAUAGGAAAAUGAUGAUGCAAUGCUAGAUGCAAUAGUAGAUAUUUAGUAAAUUUUUUUUUAAAUUUUUUGAUGGGUUUAACCUGAUCCAUUUAUACUAUGAUCAGAAGUAUAUAUCUUCUAGAAAUGUGAUCAAAUUUGGAAUAAAUAGUAGGGGAACAGAGCAAAGGGAAUUGGACCAUACAAGAACCAAAUCUAUCAUCUUGGCUUAGUCUUCUGUAUUUAGUUCACAAUAGAGGUGUCUUGUGUAUGUGAGAGCAGUACAGACUUAAAAUUUUCCUACCCAUUCCCACUACCAGAAGAGGAUUUUCUGGAGGGUUUAAAUAGUGAGAAAGGCAUGAAAAACAAAACUCUCAAAUGCUGGGCUCAGGGCCAGCAAGGAAAUUUUGUCAUUAUAGAGGAAAAGUUUAUAUUUCAAGGACAGCUUACUUUCUUUUCUCUCAGCUACUUCCUGGGCCAAAAUUCUCUGAUAAGAAAUAAAAGUUAAUGUCCAAAAUAAUAUUAUCAUUGAAUUCAGUAACCUUGCUUUGUAAUGUUAUCAGAAUUACAUAGUAUAAUGUGAUGAAAUUUAAUGUCACAUCAAUUGAUAAAAGCUAACGAAUAUUAAGUAUUUGUAUGACUUACACUAUAAUUAUUAAAUAUCAAUACAAUAAAAGUAGUUUCCAAGAAUACUUCCCACUCUAAGCCAAAGUUACUCAUCUGUCCAAUUCUCUGUUUCAUUUACUAUUAGGCUGCUUUUCCUUUUUAAAAUAGGACUAAGUUAUAGACUAAAGUGUCAUCAUAAAAUCUUUCUAAAAUUUGUAGUAGUAAAGCUCCUUGGAUGAUCUGCUGCAUAUAAAAUUCUAUCCUUUAACAGAGUAUUAUGGAAGGUGUCUGUGUAAUUUUUCAGAUUUCCUUAAUAUUUGAUUUUUUAAAUGUCUUAUAAUAGGUAAUAUAUUCAAAUCUGUCUGCUUAUCAUUUAUUACUGUUAUUAUGGCAAACAAAACCUCAAACUUGACUGUUACAUAUUAUACUAGUGGGUUUCCUUUCCUCUCCACCCCAUUGAUCAGUAUAUUUUAGGGGAAGGAAGAUGUUGUAUCUUAUUCUUUGAACUUUUCUGUAUUGAAAAUAUCAUUAGGCAAAAAUUCACUUAAAAAAUCAUUUGUAGGGGGCAGCUGAGUAGCUCAGUGGAUUGAGAGCCAGGCUAGCUAUGUGACCCUGGGCAAGUCACUUAACCCCCAUUGUCUAGCCCUUACCGCUCUUCUGCCUUGGAACUAAUACCCAGUAUUGAUUCUAAGAUGGAAAGUAAGAAUUUUAAAAAGCAAAAACAUUUGUAGUAAGAUUUCAAUUAAGGCAUUCUGAUAAUUGAGGCCUUAAUUAUAAAAUGAGGUGGUUGUAGCAGAUGACUUUGGAAGUCUCUUUGAGCUCUAAAUAUUUGGCCUUUCACUUAUAAUGGUCUUGCAGUGCUUCAUUUUUACCCAUGCUAUUUUAGUAAUGUUCCUUUUACAAUUUUUCUGAACCUGUGCUUCCCACAUUUUAAAGCACUGCUUUUUGCUAGUCUGCUAUUCAGUAACAACCCUUCCUAUUUAAGAGAAGAAAGGAUCAAUCAAUUUAUCAUUUAUUAACUACUUAAAAUAGAUUUAGCAAUGUGUUAGCUAUGAGCAACAGUGAAUUCUAGAGAUUAAAACCAUCUGAUAAGAAGGUAGUAGUCACAGGGACAGCUAUAAAAUUGUAUCUUGAGUCAGGUGAGUAGUAUAGAUUAUGAGUAUUCACAAGUCACAGCAAAGUAAUGGAUUCUAUACCAGAAAGGCCUACUAACAGAAUCUGAUUUAGGCUUUGAGUCCUUGGGGAUCAGAGAAGGGAAACUCCAGAGAGGGAUGGAUUCCCAGCUGACUGCUGCAAAUGAGACAGAAGUUAAUUGGUGACUUAAGUUGUGGGUAGGAAAAUUCUUUUGAGUUAAGAGAAGUGUGAUAAAGAAGUUAAUCUGAUCUUUUUUUGCGUCACAGGAACCUUUGGCCCAAGGUUUACUCUUUUUUAUUUUUUUAUUUUGGUCAUAUAGGAGCAUAGAUUUAGAGCUGGAAGAAGACUCAAAGGCCAUUUAAUCAAACCCCCUCAAGUAAUAGAUGAAGAAUCUGAGGCCCAGGAAGAUUAAGUGGUUUGUCCAAGUCACAAAGUCGAGAUAUGGAGAAUAAAGAAACUCUCAAAGGAUUGCAGAAAAUGGAUGACCGCCCAGAAGAACGAAUGAUCAGGGAGAAGCUCAAGGCAACAUGUAUGCCAGCCUGGAAACAUGAAUGGCUAGAGAGGAGAAGCAGGAGAGGCCCUGUGGUGGUUAAACCAAUUCCUGUCAAAGGAGAUGGAUCUGAAAUCAGCAAAUUAACACCAGAAUCUCAAACUGAAGGACAUAACAAUACUUCUUCCCCUACUCCAAAAGGAAGACGAAGUCCUUCUCCUAGUAGCUCUUCAUCUUCAAAUCGUGCUGUUAAAUCAGAAUCUCCUGGAGUAAGAAGAAAAAGAGUGUCUCCAGUGCCUUUUCAGAGUGGGAGAAUCACACCACCCCGAAGAGCUCCAUCCCCUGAUGGCUUCUCCCCGUAUAGCCCUGAGGAAACAAAUCGCCGCGUCAACAAAGUCAUGCGAGCCAGGUUAUACUUACUACAGCAGAUAGGACCGAACUCUUUCCUAAUUGGAGGAGACAGCCCAGACAAUAAAUACAGGGUGUUUAUUGGACCUCAGACCUGCAGCUGUGGCCGUGGAACAUUUUGUAUCCAUCUGUUAUUUGUUAUGCUCCGAGUAUUUCAACUAGAACCCUCAGAUCCAAUGUUAUGGAGGAAAACUUUGAAAAAUUUUGAGGUUGAGAGUUUGUUCCAGAAAUAUCACAGUAGGCGUAGCUCAAGGAUCAAAGCUCCAUCUCGUAGCACCAUCCAGAAGUUUGUAUCACGCAUGUCAAAUUCUCAUACAUUGUCAUCAUCUAGUACUUCUACAUCUAGUUCAGAAAACAGUAUGAAGGAUGAAGAGGAGCAGAUGUGCCCCAUUUGUUUGUUAGGAAUGCUUGAUGAAGAGAGUCUUACAGUAUGUGAAGAUGGCUGUAGGAACAAGUUGCACCACCACUGCAUGUCAAUUUGGGCAGAAGAAUGUAGAAGAAACAGAGAGCCUCUGAUAUGCCCUCUUUGUAGAUCUAAGUGGAGAUCCCAUGAUUUUUACAGCCACGAAUUGCCAAGUCCCGUGGAUUCCUCUUCUGUGCUCCGAGCUACACAGCAGCAAACUGUACAGCAGCAGUCUUCUAUUGGAUCACAAAGAAGAAAUCAGGAUAGUAAUUUUAACCUGACUCAUUAUGGAGUUCAGCAGAUCCCUCCUGCCUAUAAAGACUUAGCUGAGCCAUGGAUUCAGGUAUUUGGAAUGGAGCUGGUGGGCUGCUUAUUUUCUCGAAACUGGAAUAUAAGAGAGAUGGCCCUCAGGCGUCUUUCCCAUGAUGUUAGUGGUGCUCUGCUGUUGGCUAAUGGGGAAAGCACUGGAAAUUCUGGGAGCAACAAUGGAAACAACCCAAGCGCUGGAGCAGCUAGUGGGUCAUCUCAGCCUGGUAUCUCAGGAGACAUUGUUGUUGAAGCUUGCUGCAGCGUUCUGUCAAUGGUUUGUGCUGACCCUGUCUACAAAGUCUAUGUUGCUGCUUUAAAAACAUUAAGAGCCAUGUUGGUGUAUACUCCUUGCCAUAGUUUGGCCGAAAGAAUAAAACUGCAAAAACUUCUGAGGCCAGUAGUAGAAACUAUAUUAGUCAAAUGUGCAGAUGCCAAUAGCCGUACAAGUCAGCUUUCAGUUUCAACACUUUUAGAAUUGUGCAAGGGCCAAGCAGGAGAACUGGCAGUUGGCAGAGAAAUACUUAAAUCUGGAUCUAUUGGUAUUGGUGGUAUUGAUUAUGUUUUAAAUUGCAUUCUUGGAAGCCAAAUGGAAUCAAGUAACUGGCAGGCUCUGUUGGGGCGCCUUUGUCUUAUUGACAGAAUGUUGUUGGAAUUUCCUGCAGAAUUUUAUCCCCAUAUUGUCAGUGGAGAAGUUUUGCAAGCUGAUGCUGUAGUAGACAGGUAUAAGAAGCUGCUGUCCCUCUUGAACUUUGCUUUGCAAUUCAUUGAUAAUUCCCACUCAAUGGUUGGUAAAUUGUCCCGAAGGGUGUUUUUGAGUGCUGCAAGAAUGGUUGCCAGAGUACCCCAUGUGUUUUUGAAACUUUUGGAAAUGUUGAGUGUUACAAGCUCCACUCAUUAUACAAGGAUGCGUCGUCGUUUGAUGGCUAUUGCCGAUGAAAUGGAAAUUGCCGAAGCCAUCCAGCUGGGCCUAGAAGACUGUUUGGAUUGCAGACAGGAUAACUUUUUGCAGCCAUCUGCCCCAGAUAACACCCCAGAAACAACUGAAAAUAAUUCUCCUGAACACACAGUCCAGUUAGAGAAAACUGGAAAGCCUUUAUGUGAUGCAAAAUCAAAUGCCAGUCCAGAAGAUGUUUCUGAUACGUUGGCUGACAUGUCUGUAGGACUUCCUAAUUCAGUAACAACAGAGCAACCAAAGCCAGCCCUGCAGACAAAAGGCAGACCCCAUAGUCAGUGUUUGAACUCUUCUUCAUCCAAUCAUUCCCAGUUAUUGUUCCCAACUUUGCCCUCUCCUCCCUCUUCUACCCCAUCUGUGCCAGCUGGCUCUGUAACAGAUGUCUCUAAACACAAAACUCAGGGUUUUGUUCCCUGCAAAGUACCCACACCUUCUCCACAAAUGCAACGGAAAUUUUCUCUACAGAUACUUAGAAACUGUUCUGAAAUCAAAGAAUCCGAUAAACUUUCCCCAGUUUUUACACAGGCAAGGCCUCUGCCUUCCAGUCACAUACACAGGCCAAAGCCAUCUCGACCCAGUCCAGGAGAUUUGAACAAGCAAGAAGUCUCAAAAAAUAGUAUGACGCUCGAUCUGAAUGCCAUCUCACAGGGUGAUGGCGGCAGCGGCGGCGGCAGCGCUGUCAUCCCAAGUGAAGAGACGGUCUUCACACCAGUAGAUGAGAAAUGCCGAUUAGAUGUCAAUACCGAACUCAACUCCAGCAUCGAGGACUUGCUUGAGGCUAUGCCGACUAGUGACACGACGGUAACUUUUAAGUCCGAAGUUGCAGUCCUUUCUCCUGAAAGGGCUGAAAAUGAUGACACCUAUAAAGAUGACGUAAAUCAUAAUCAGAAGUGCAAAGAAAAGAUGGAAGCCGAAGAAGAGGAAGCAUUGUCCAUUGCCAUGGCAAUGUCUGCAUCACAGGAUGCCCUGCCAAUAGUUCCUCAACUACAAGUUGAAAAUGGAGAAGACAUAAUCAUUAUUCAGCAAGAUACACCAGAGACUCUGCCAGGACAUACCAAAGCAAAACACCAUUAUAGAGAAGAUGCCGAGUGGCUCAAAGGUCAACAGAUAGGCCUUGGGGCAUUUUCUUCUUGCUAUCAAGCUCAAGAUGUAGGAACUGGAACUUUAAUGGCUGUGAAACAGGUGACUUAUGUCAGAAACACAUCUUCUGAGCAAGAGGAGGUAGUUGAAGCACUGAGAGAAGAGAUAAGGAUGAUGAGUCACCUAAACCAUCCUAAUAUCAUCAGAAUGUUGGGUGCCACAUGUGAGAAGAGCAAUUACAAUCUUUUCAUAGAAUGGAUGGCAGGAGGGUCCGUUGCUCAUUUGCUAAGUAAAUAUGGAGCUUUCAAGGAAUCGGUGGUAAUUAACUACACAGAGCAAUUGCUUCGUGGUCUUUCUUACCUCCAUGAAAAUCAGAUUAUUCACAGAGAUGUCAAAGGUGCCAAUUUGCUAAUUGACAGCACAGGACAGAGACUGAGAAUUGCUGACUUUGGAGCUGCUGCUAGAUUGGCAUCAAAAGGAACCGGCGCUGGAGAAUUUCAAGGACAGUUGUUGGGAACAAUUGCAUUUAUGGCACCAGAGGUACUAAGAGGGCAGCAGUAUGGGAGGAGCUGUGACGUGUGGAGUGUCGGCUGCGCUAUCAUAGAAAUGACUUGUGCCAAGCCCCCGUGGAAUGCCGAGAAACACUCGAAUCAUCUCGCGCUGAUAUUCAAGAUUGCUAGUGCGACUACUGCUCCUUCAAUCCCCUCACAUCUGUCUCCUGGCUUACGAGAUGUGACUCUUCGAUGUUUAGAACUUCAACCUCAGGACAGACCUCCUUCGAGGGAGCUACUGAAGCAUCCAGUCUUCCGUACUACCUGGUAGCCAGUUACAAAAAGAAAAUUUUUUAAACUGAUGAAAUAAAUAAUAGAAGAAAAAAUUCUGGACCGUGCUUCUAAGCACAAUCACGUUUUAUCAUUCCGCUGGCCUUUAAUCCACCAAACAACAAUAAACUGAGGCCAGUGGGGGAGGACCCUUACCGAAGUAUGUGAUUGACAAAUCAAGAUCUUUACCUAAGCUCAGUAUGCAAACUUCCCCAACUUGUGCAGAAACUGUAAACUGUGCCUUUCAAAGAACUGGCCCUAGGUGAACAGGAAAGCAAUUAAGUCUGCAUAUAACUAGUAGCAGAUAAAUAAUUUUUUUGGAGCACUUUUUCAGCAAUAUUAGCAGCUGAGGGGCUCAGGUUCUAUUUUAAUAUUGCAAUUACUCUUCCAUUUCACAUUGUGAUCAUGAGCAGGGGAUUCUGCAAUUCCGUUCAGGUUUUUUGUUUUGUCUUGUUUUUAUUUUUGCUUUGAUCACUGGCUAUAAAGAAAAUCACUAUCUUCCUCUUUUAAACCUGAGUAGGCACUACUGGAGUAGUGUAUGGUUUUUUUGGUUUUGUUUUGUUGUUUUGUUUUUUUUAAGAAAAAAGAAAAAGAAAACAAAAACAUUUUUAAGAAUUGAUGCUUCCAUUGUGAACUCACAUUUAGCCUUCAUUUUUUUAAAGUGGGCAACUGUGGGUCAUUGUGCAUUUUUACUGUUGGCCCAUCCAUUUCGUUGUUUUUUUUUUUAAGUUAUGGUUCUGUAUUUUCAUUUUGUCUUUAUUUUUUAUUUGACAUUCAGGGACAGGUGAUCUUUUCAAACCACAAAAUAAUAAUACAAAAAUUUUAGGAAUGAUUAUAAAGCAGAUCUUAUUGAAUAUCUUGCUAUCAGGUUUUCUUUUUAAAUUGGAAUAGAAUAAUGCUACUACACUUCAUUCAUUGAGUCAGUGAUCUAGGUUUUGCCUAGUGCAGGUUAUACAAAAAGAAAAUAAAAAUCAACUCUUUUACUUGGCUUAUAGUCAAGAUCCAGGUUAUUUGGGAUAUCUGUUGAGCCUUUUCGGUUUUACCAAUUUCCUCCGGCAAACUAGAAAAUUUCACACCAAAUUAAGUCGUGCUCUAAGUAUAAUAAAAAUCAUUCCCUCUCACCACUGAUAAUAACAUUUUAACUGCUGUUUUCCUUCUGCCAUACAUCAUCUAUUCACAAUUAAUCUGGCUAAUGGAUAAUUAAAUGGAAAUUAUCCUUAUUUUCGCCUUUUUAUAAGUAAAGGUGUUUUAAAGAAAUUUAUCUUGAACUUGAAAAUAUGUUCAAAUAUAAGAGUGAAGAAUAUCACUUAUACUAUUUCCUUGGGUUUUGCACAAUCUCCUAAUAAUUUAGAGGCAGGAUUUUGAAUCUGGUGAUCCUGAAGGAACAUGGCAGCUGUUCUUGGGCUUUUAUGGGUGAGUCUUUUCAAUCAAGUACUGAUUUAAAUAUUUAAUAUAAUUUUUAAUGUAAUUUUAACUCUUCAGAAGCCAGUUAAACUGUCAGAGUGAAACGGAAUUGGUUAUUCUCAAAGACUCAGGACAAACUAAAUAAGCUAUUCAGUACAUUAAAAAUGUACAAUACUAAUUGGAAGCAAAAGAGGUUACAAGUUUACAGGGAUAUGUACAAUUGUUUUUUAAAAAAUUAUGUGACUGUAUUUCUUAGGGAAAUUUUACAUUCCUUUGUUUUGGAAGAUUGGCAGUCUUUGAAGAGUUAAAAGGAAAAAACCAACAACAGUACUGAAAUGUGAAGUUUGGUAGCUUUGACUGUAAUGUACUUGACUUUCUUUUUUUCUUUUUUUGACUACUUAGAAUUUUCACAAUUCUAAUAAGAUUGUUUCCAAGUCUCUCAUGUGCAAGCUUUAAAGGAUGCACUCUUGCCAUUAUAUACUGGAAGAUCAGUUGUCAGAUCAUGAUUUUCUGGCAAAUGUAAACUGUAUAAACUGAUGAACCUCAGCUAAUCAGUAUUACUUUGUAGAUCACCAUGCCUACCACAUUUCAAACUCAGACUGCCUCUAGAUGUCAAGAUGCAUUUUGUUUGAGUUUGUUUGCAUUUCCCUCAGCUUGCUGGUAAUUGUGGUGUUUGGUGUGUGUGUGUGUGUGUGCGUGUGUGUGUGUGUGUGUGUGUGUGCGCGCACGCGUGUGCAUGCCUGCGUACGCAUGUACAUCUGUGUGUGUGCACGCAUGUGGGUGGGUGUUUAAAUGCAGAUGUGAUGUAAUAUUCUUAUUUUCUUUGGAUCAAAGCUGGACUGAAAAUUGUAUUGUGUAAUUAUUGUGUGUUCUUAAUGUUUUGUGGUACUUAAGUUGUAAAUAGCGUCUACUGCUGUUUAUUCCAGUUUCUACUACCUCAGGUGUCCUAUAGAUUUUCUUCUACCAAAGUUCACUUUCACAAUGAAAUUAUAUUUGCUGUGUGACUAUGAUUCCUAAGACUUCCAGGGCUUAAGGGCUAACUUCUAUUAGCACCUUACUGUGCAAGCAAAUGUUACAAAAAUCUCUGGGUUAAGAAAAUUUGGCUUAAAUGUAUCCUUUUGUUAUUUUAAAUAUAUCAAGAUAUUUUAAUUAAAAGUUUUUACCCCAUUGAACCAAUUUUAUAGUAUUUGUACCUAUUUUGGUGUUUUGUCUUUAUAGUAAAUAAAAGUUUUUGAACAAA